AUGGAUGGAGAUAUCCUUACGAAAAAUGAGCAAAGGAGGAAUUCGUUAAAGCAAAGGAAUAUGCUUCUUAGUAUGAGAUUGAAUCAGGGUAGUAGUUCUCAUAAUAAUCCUGCUAUUCAGGGACGGCGAGUACAAACCAAAAGUUAUAGGAAUUCAUGGAAGAUAUUGUCGCCGAUAAAGAAUCAGAAUAUUUCACCAGGAAAAAUGGCUGCAGUGGAGUUAUCUGAUCCAAAGAAUCUGUCGCCAAUUAAUAAAUCUGGAUUUAAUAAUAGGACGCCAACGACACCGUUUUCUAAGCAACAAAACUUGAAACUUGCUGAUUUUGAAAUGGGUAAAAUAUUAGGUAAAGGGAAGUUUGGUAAGGUUUAUUGUGUUAGACAUAUACCUAGUGGGUUUAUUUGUGCAUUGAAGGCAAUGGAGAAGAAAGAGAUCAUUCAGUAUAACAUAGAGAAGCAAUUCAGAAGAGAAGUUGAAAUUCAGUCUUCGUUACGGCAUCCUAAUCUAACUCAAUUAUAUGGUUAUUUUCAUGAUGAAAAGAGGGUUUAUCUCGUGAUGGAGUAUUUGGUGAAUGGUGAGUUGUAUAAGCAUUUAAAGGGACGUAAUCAUUUCUCUGAUGAGGUGGCUUCGUAUUAUGUGUAUCAAAUGGCAGGUGCUUUAGAUUACAUGCACGAGAGGAAUAUUUUGCAUCGAGACAUAAAACCUGAAAAUAUCAUAAUAGGUUUUAACAAUGUUAUUAAGUUGACUGACUUUGGCUGGAGUGUGAUCAACAGCAAAGGUUUCAAAAGGAAAACGUUAUGUGGGACUGUAGAUUAUCUGUCUCCAGAGCUGAUUAAAUCACGGGAAUAUGACGAAAAGGUAGAUGUGUGGGCACUAGGGGUUCUGACAUAUGAAUUACUUGUAGGAUCACCCCCCUUUGAGGAGGAAUCAAAAGAAUUGACAUAUAAGAGGAUUCUCAAGAGGAAUUUAGUAUUUCCGGACCAUAUCGAUCCUGACGCAAGGCAUUUGAUCAGCAGAUUGCUAGAAUAUGAUCCUGCUAAUAGAAUUGCACUUAAAGAUGUCAGAGGUCAUUCAUGGAUAUUGAAGAAUCAACCAUACUGGUGA